AUGGAAACGAAAUGGCAGAAGAAGAGAAAAGUUCUUCUCAUGCGCAAUGAGCAUUUUACCUGUUCAGAGGGUUUGUUUCAUCCUCAUCACUUUGGUAAACGUCAGAGUGGAAUCCACCACGCGGUGUGCCGAGCCAUCGUGUCACAACCCAUAGAUAAACAAGCCGCACUCUACGAAUCCAUACUUUUGUGCGGCGGCACCACAUUGCUGAAGUCAGUUUCGGAAAGAUUGUCGACCGAAAUUGCCAAUUUUAUGAAGGUCAGAACGCCUGUCAAAGUCAUUGCUCAUGAGGGUCGUGAACACAGCGUAUGGUUGGGAGCGAAUAAGUGGUAUACCGAAAAGGGAUCCACUAACCGCGAUAUAUUUAGUAAAUCCCAGUAUCUCGAAACCGGCGAAGACAUUUUAAGAAGAACAAGUAGAAGAAAGAAUGAUGCAGCUUCUUUGCACUUUUAA